ACAACAAAUUAAGCUAGGUCAAGAGAUGCAAUUGAAAUGUACAGAUAAACAGGAUUAAUCUUUAAUUUUCAUGAGCCAUUCAUUUGAACAAUAUUUAAACAUUUUUAAUUCUUGACACACAAACAAAACCAAUUUAAAUACGGUUAAAGCCUUUACUAAUUCCAAGCCAGAUUAUUAGGUCCAAUGGUUAAUUUGAGGACUCCCUUGGAGUUUUUGUGUCAACACUUGUAAACAGAUUAAAGUUGAUCAGUUGAUUUCGGAAGUCAUUACAAUAACAUCAAGCAAUUGAUUGAAAGGGUUUGAUUCAAUAAAAUAAACUCUUGGUUCAUUUUUGAUUCAACUGCUGGGGCCAUUUCAAGUCAAUAAUAAAGCCUUUAUGAACCAAGACGAAGAUCAUCUUAAUUUUUCGCUUAUUUAGCUGAUGAUGACUAAAACUAAAAUUAAAUUCAUAUUGAAUAGCCAUGUCAAACUACAUAAAUGUUGACCAAUUUAUUAAUAAACCAUGAUCACAAGUAAGUGUGAAGAUGAGGUUAAAAGAGUUGAAGUGAGAGUGAUUCAAUCAGUUGAGUAGAUUGCUUAAACGCGUUUAUUGGUGUUAAACUGUGAGGCCGGAAUUUUAACCAGAAUCAUUGAUCUUUCUGCUGUUUCAACAACUCGCCACUUCUAACGUUUUUAACUUUAAAAAUAAAACUACUCAAAGAAAGAAGGUAUAACUAUGAUUUGAAAAUGAACGUUUCUUUUUAAUCCAUCAGCAGUUCUGGUCAGAUCUCCAUUUCAUCGUUAAUCUUUUCUUGAGCUGAUUUGUCUGCAUAUUUUUUGGUGCACAAAAUUUGGAAUCCCUUUGGAUCCAUUUAACAAGUUAAAAAGCUUUAAACUCUUUUGACUCCUUCAAAGCCUCGAGCUUUUUUGGCCAUUUUUGUGAGUUUGGUCAACGUUGCCAGUCCAUCUGGAUAUCCUUUCAUUUUGAAAAACAUUUUUCCAAAUAUUUCUGUUUGUGUUAUCACCAAAAAGACACGAAAUUUAUAUUCAAAUAUGUACAACCGUGAUUUUUUACUUUACUUAAUUGUCAUUACAAUUGCCAUAACUGUUGUUUCCACCAUUCCUAGUGCUCAAAAUUCAAGAUCUAUCCUUGAACGGUCAUCACAAACAGCUUCGCAGAUGGAUCCACAAGUUAUCCAAAGGACUGUUAGAUCAUCAAAUAAUCAACAUCAGUUUGAACCGACAUCAUUUCAAUCAGAUGGAGAAAGUGAACCGUCAGCACCAGAAGAAAUCUUGGAUAUUUACUUUGAUUUUAUCAGGAACAACGAUGAAAACAACUGCUUGAUGAGAAUCGUUUGUCAAAUUGGUUAUAAUAAAACUGCCUUUGGUAACUUUGGUGAACAAAUUGCUGGUUUCUUUACUGAAAUUGAUUCAAAUACUGGAAGUGCUGCUCAAUAUCGAGCUGCUUUUCAAACUUAUCUAACAGAACCAAAUGUGGAUAAAUGUGUUGAAAAGUACCCGGAAUGUCAAUAUGCAACAAAUGAUAUGGUCGAGGUUGGUAACGAUUUGAUGACCAAGAAUCUAACAGGUAUGCAACUGGAUGAUGCUAAUAAAGGACCAACUUGGAUUUAUCCAGCUAAUUGAAAUGGUUCAGUGUUGCUUGAGGUUUUUGAUAAAUAAACAUCGCCUUUUCAUAA